AUGUCAUCUCCGGUAAAAGUCACACCUGCACAAUAUCGAAAAUAUGGAGUUGAUGGAACUCUACGGCUGUCUACUGGUUUCUUCCAGCGUUAUUUCGAAAGCGACGGGACGACGACGGAAGUGCCUAUACUUCAAGUUUCGCUAGCCAGGAGGCUGGUAGAAGGAAUGGCUGGUUGGCCGGACUCUUGUUUAAGACUGCGCUUGACUGACGGUGCUUUCCACUACUCCGGUCCGUCUUUGUGGGUUAGCAGCUUGGGAGUUCAGUUGGACCGCGACAAUCUGGUUGGUAAUGCUGAGAAUGGUGGUGAAAUAAUUGCGGUUACUAAGAUGUACAUCAAUCCUACAGGAUGUGUGGGAAAGAAGGAUAACGCCCAAGGCGUGUUCAGUUUUGAACUAACGGAUAAGGACGGUGCUUCUAUUCGUAUCACUGGCUUCAACGAGGCAGCGGAAAGGGCCUACAGUAUCAUUCAAACCGAAUGUUCGUACUACGUAGCUGGAGGUACAGUAAAGCAAGCGAACAAACGGUUCAAUACGACUGGCCAUGAUUAUGAGUUAACAAUUAACGCCAAUACCGAGAUUGCGCCGUGUCAUGACCAAAUUCCAAAGCCGGCAUUGGUACUGAAAAUUUGUCCUCUUCAAAAUAUACCGAGCCACAAGGACGAAUUUGUUGACGUGUUGGCAGUGGUCGAUAAGAUGGAGCCCGUUAACAAGUUUAUUUCGAGACAGGGUCGGGAGUGCGUAAAGCGUGACCUCCAACUAAUUGAUCAGACUGGAACCGUAGUGCAGUUCACGCUGUGGGGUGAACAAGCGGAGAACUUCGAAGAGCAUGCUCUCGGGCAGGUCAUCUCUAUAAAGGGAGCUUCAGUGAGAGAGUGGAAUGGAGCGUUCAGCCUAGGAAUUACAUCUGGAUCAAAAAUUGAGUUGAGCCCUCAGCUUGACGAGGUUCCAAAGUUAUAUGAAUGGUACACGAAUGAACGAGCAUCGGUCGAUACAAAAACAAUCAGCAUGACAGCUUCUGGAGGAAGUGAUGCCUUUAGUCGCGAUCUACGUUUCAUCGGUACUGCUACGGCCCUGCAAUUGGGAAAUGAGCCAAAUCUUGCAAAUGGUCGUUACAUGAACCUGAAAGCGAUGAUCACUACAGUAAAGACUGAUAACGCUCUGUAUCAGAGUUGCUCUAAUGAAGGAUGUUCAAAGAAAGUUGUUCAACUGGGUGUUGAUCAAUAUAGAUGUGAGAAAUGUGACACGACAAGCGAUUCGUUCAGAUGGAGCUAUAUGGUCCAAGCUGAACUCACCGAUCUAACCGGCUCAAUAUGGGUGACUAUGUUCUCGAGCUCUGCGACCAAAGUAUUUGGAAUGGAAGCUCAGAAACUUGGGGAACUCAAGGAGGCUGACAAGGAUGCCUAUGAUAAGGUGUUGACCGACCUUUGUUUCAAAUACUUCAAUUGGCGGAUAAAUGCAAAGCCUAACACAUACAAUGACGAAACUAGAAUGCGGUAUUCCGUCCUCGGGUGUGACCCAGUGCCGUACGAUCGAUACAUCGCGCAGUUGGAACAGACCUUGGAGAAGUUGGAGCAAUUAGAAUGUUGA